GUGAUGAUACGCGUCUGUGACGUCACGUGUCUACUACCUUGACCAUCAACGACCACGACUACAGUUACAACGCAAUGGAUGACCAGGAUCCCAUCUCUCAAUUCUUCCCUGGCCAAGAGGACGUCGACUUGUACGCUGUUCUGUCCCUUUCAAAUGAUGCCACCGUCGACGCCAUAAAGAAAUCCUACCGCCGACUGGCCCUAAUUUACCACCCGGACAAGCACGCGACUGCCGCUGAAUCCGCUAGAGCAGAGGCCUCCACUAAGUUCCAGCAGGUAGGCUUUGCCUAUGCUGUCCUUAGCGACGAGAAACGCAGGCAAAGGUAUGACAAGACAGGCAAGACGGAUGAAGGCUCAGAGCUGAGCCCAGGCGAAGACGGCUGGGAGGUCUACUUUGAGGACCUUUUCGAUCGUGUUACCCGAGGAAAGCUCGAUGAGAUGAAGAAAGAGUAUCAAGGUUCUGCCGAAGAGGUAGCAGACCUAAAGUCGGCUUAUCUCAACACCAAGGGGUCACUUGAGGAAAUAAUGACCUUCAUUCCCCAUUCCACGCACGAAGACGAAUCUCGCUUCAUCGUCAUCAUUUCUGACCUCAUCAGCAAGAAGGAACUGCCCUCCAUGCGCACUUGGGAGUCCAGCAUCAAGGACGAAAAAGCCAAACUUGUCAGGAAGAAGCAAAGUGAAAAAGAGGCAAAGGAGGCUGAAAAAUUGGCCAAGGAGCUCGGAGUGUGGGAUGAAUUUUACGGCAGUGGCAAGGUGGGCGAGCGAAAAGGCAAAGGUGGAAAGGGCAAGGGCAAAGCGAAGGAAAAAGACGAGGAAGAAGAAGAUACCUCCGCACUUCAGGCACUGAUUCUCAAGAAGCGCCAGAAAAGCAUGGAUGGAUUCUUCGACGGUUUGGCCGCGAAAUAUGCAGAGCCAGAACCCAAAUCUAAGGGCAAGGGGUGGAAGCAUGGAAGGGCUGGCGAUGACGAUAACGACGACGCGCCGAAGAAGAAAUCUAAACGCGCUGCUCCGCCACCGCCACCAGAUAUUGACGAUGCAGAAUUUGAAAAACUGCAACAGAAGCUGUUUGGGGACAAGGCCACCGAUGGGAGUUCAGGGGGAGAGGGUAAAAAGAGCAAAGGGAAGAAAACAAAAUCCAAGUAACUGUUAUUAUUAUCUUGACCAUUUCAUUAAUCUUAUCACCGAGUCUUUUUUUUCACCCCGAGGCCAA